GUGGUGAGGUGUUGUUGUGUGCAUUAUUGUUGGUUAAAUUAUUCAUAAUGGAUGACAGUAAGAUUCAGUUGAUGGACGAUAUUAAAGAACAGGGUGAAAUUGUUCGAAAAUUAAAAGCUUCCAAGGCCAACAAAGCGGAGCUCGAGUAAGCUGAUGCUGGGUGGUGCCUGGGUGCGGGAGUAAGGCGGUUAUCGCUAUAUAGUAAUCGCUAUACAAGACGUGGGAACAGCUUUGUACAAUGUAUCCAGCAGUGUGUUUAGUCAGAGCAAUUACUCAGUAUAUCGUUCCGUACCGUCCAGUAUUGAGAAGAAGUUACCAAACCGGAAUGACGAGAUCAUCAAUUGCUGCCCCUGAGAAGAUAAACGAAGAGGUGAGCAAGCUGUUGGCGCUGAAGGCGAGGUUGACCUCAGAGAAUGGGGUUGACGGAGAGGAAGGAGCCCAGCAGAAAUUCACCCUCAAGACGCCUAAGGGUACGAGGGACUACAACCCUCAGCACAUGGCCCUUAGGCUUUCUGUCCUUGAUAAGAUAGUAACUGUCUUUAAACGUCACGGAGCAGAAACUAUUGACACACCCAUUUUUGAGUUGAAGGAAGUUCUGACAGGAAAGUAUGGCGAGGACUCAAAGCUGAUCUACGAUCUUGCAGACCAAGGAGGUGAAUUGCUUUCUUUACGUUACGACUUGACAGUACCGUUCGCACGGUACUUGGCAAUGAGCAAGAUCACAAACAUCAAGAGGUACCACAUCGCCAAGGUUUACAGGAGAGACAACCCAGCUAUGACGAAAGGACGCUAUCGAGAGUUUUACCAGUGUGACUUUGACAUAGCCGGCCUGUACGACCCAAUGAUACCAGAAGCAGAAUGCAUGAGAGUUGUGUAUGAGAUUCUGAACUCCCUCCAACUGGGCAAGUUUGUUAUCAAAGUCAACCACAGGUUGUUGCUGGAUGGAAUCUUUGAAGCUUGUGGAGUUCCAAUUGAGAUGUUCCGAUCCAUUUGUUCAGCUGUCGACAAAUUGGAUAAGCUUACUUGGGAAGAAGUACGAUCAGAAAUGGUGAAUGAGAAGAAUCUAGACGGUGACAUUGCCGAUAAAAUUGGAGAGUAUGUACGGCAGAGUGGAAAGGUAGAACUUGUUGAAAAACUGAUGGAAGAUCAAAAUCUCCUGGGAAAGUCUAAGACCGCCAAAGAAGGACUAGAGGCAAUGAAACUUUUCUUCCGUUACAUCGACCUCUACGAUCUGACCGAGUACGUCUCGUUUGACUUGAGCUUAGCAAGAGGAUUGGAUUAUUACACGGGAGUGAUCUAUGAAGCCGUACUAUUAGGUGACGAGAAAGGAGAGGCGGUGGGAAGCAUAGCUGGAGGAGGCAGGUAUGACAAUCUAGUGGGCAUGUUUGACCCCAAACACAAGAAUGUACCAUGUGUUGGGGUGUCCAUUGGUGUGGAAAGGAUAUUCUCAGUUCUCGAGGCAAAACUGGCCAGCGAUCAUCAGAAGAUCCGCACUACUGAGGUUCAGGUCUACGUUGCCUCAGCUCAGAAGAAUUUAACUGAAGAGAGGAUGAAACUCUGCAAAGAGUUCUGGGAUGCAGGAAUCAAGGCAGAACAACCGUACAAAAAGAACCCAAAACUUUUGGUGCAACUUCAACACUGUGAAGACAUGGGUAUACCUUGGGCAAUCAUCUUGGGUGAGUCUGAAAUCCAGAGGGGAGUUGUUAAGCUACGGAAUGUGACGUCAAGACAAGAAAUUGAAAUCGCACGAAACGCCAUCGCCCAGGAGUUGAAGAACAGGCUUGAAUCAACGUAAUCAUCAGUGACAGUGAUUAGGAUUUUUUCAAUUGGAACUUUGGCUCGGUUUAUAACUUUUAAAUAUAAGUAGAUGAAGCAAUUAGUAAAAAACACAUCUUUUUUUGCACUUUUUCAAGAAAGUUCCUCCAGUUUUCCCCACCAUCUUGGUUAUUUUGAUACACGUGAGUAAAUUUGCUUCAAGGCUACCUGGUAGUAUUAUAGGAUGUUGUGUUGAUUUGUACCAAUAUAUACAAAAAAUGAAAAACAUUUGUAUUUAUUUAUUUAUUUUUACUUGUUUUGAUAUAACUAAGUUAAGUAUCAGUAUUGUUAAAUCUGUAAUGUUAUAUUUAAUAAGUUUUAUUGAGAGAGUAGUUUUAUUUUCCAUGCUUUUACUUUAAAAAACACUAAUUAUGUCAUUAUGAGUAUGAUAUAGACUAAAUCAAGAUUUGUACUCAAGGCCAGGAUUAACAAAUGUUGUAAGCAUUUACCACUGUAGUAUAACCUAAAAGGUUUCUUUGUAUACUAUCUUAAAUUUUGUAUGAAUUCUUCCCAAGGACUGGCAUGUACCAAAGAUAUUUUGGUUUAUUAUAACAUUGCAGUGAUGACUUUUAUGUAAAUAUUAAUAUGGAUAGAUUUUUACUUAUUGUUAUCUUUAGAGGUUUGUGGGACUAAAAUACUGUGAACAGAAAAAAAAUGUUCAUAGUAGAGCACAAGAACAAAAAACGACUGAAAAUUUAAUAUUGGUUUAAAAUUAUCUAGGUUUAAAAUAAAUUCUGAUUUCAAGCAUUCCUCCUUUAGUCGAAGAAAUUUUGUUCCUUAUGGAUUUUCUUUAGCUGGAAUUGUAAAAAUAAAAUAUUUCUGUAUGUAUGGUACAGUCAUUUGUGAUGUUAUUUUCCAGGUUGGAGUUUGUGUGAGUCACCAUCACAAUUGCACUCCCAUACUAAUUAUAUAUCACAUUACCUCAGCUUCUUUAUUGGUCUUUACUAUCAUAUCUUAUAAUCACAUUAGAUAGAACAAAAUCCAUGUCAUAACAUCCAAUUGUUUCUAUUGUUAGUGUAAUGUAAUUAGUAACUGCAGAAGUAUUUUUAGAGUCUGUUGUUAUUUUUAUUUUUCUGUUUAAAUUCAAUCCAUUUAAUUACAUUUUUAAGAAAGAAAGACUACCUAAAAUUCUUUUUUUGCUGGAAGACAUUUUUGCUAGUCUUCUUUUGUAUUUAAAGUGUUUUGAGUGGAUAAUAUUUGUGUUUUUAGAGGAAUUAAUACAAUUUACUGUUUGUUACAUUUUUAAGUAUAAAAAGUGUGCAAUUGAGAUGGACUUCACAGACCAUCCCCCAAUGAUGGAAAUAGAUGUCUGUCUUGUCUCAACUCCAAAAUUUAUGUCACACAAACUUCUAAGAAUGCCCUGAUUUAUACUGUGAUCGUUAUUAAAAUGAUGUGAGCGCUGUUUAAAAUAAACCAUUAAUUUAUGACAUUUUAAACAAUCUUGUGCAUAUAAUUAUUGCAGCAUGUUUGUUUUUCCAAUUGUAUUUAUUUAAAUGUAUUGUAACUUACCUUAUGUUAUCAAUAAGAGAUUAUACUUACAGCUGUAUUCUUGUGUUUAUUAAUCAUUUUUAUUUUGGAGUAUAUUCUUAACUCUAUAAAACAUGAAAAUAUGUAAUUUAUUUGCACAAACUGUAAUUCACAUACUAUCAUAAUUAUAUCAGCGUUUAAAAGCAAUGCAUUGUUGUUAUGUGCAGUCUAAAUUUAAAAAUAUAGGAAUAAUCUUUUAAGAUGUUUA